AUGGACGACUACGAUGUCAUGGGCCCUCUCGCGCCGCAAGACAUCGCGACGGCCGUCCUCGCGCCGUACCUCACGGGCCUCGUCGUUCAGCUCCUCCUCUCGGGCCUGUACUUUGGCCUGUUCCUCAGCUCGAGGCGCGAGUUGGGGCAGCACGCGCGCAAGGUCAAGGCCGUCAGCUGGAUCGUGUGCGCGCUCGUCCUGUGCUGCGUCGGCAUGGCGUGCGAGGAGAUGGUCGACACGGGCGUUUCGCAAGACCGCGACACCAACACGCUCUUUGCCGGCCCGCCGCAGAGUAACGUGCUCCCGAUCCUCGGCGGCCUGACCGGCGCCGUCUGCCAGGCGUUCCUCAUGGUGCGCGCGGCGGCCCUCUUCCAGUCGAGGACCGUGCGCCUCAUCUUUUACGUCGUCACGUCGGCCGCCAUCCUCCUCCCCCUUGCCGGCGCCGCCCUCUUCUCCGCCAUGGGCUUCCUCAUCACCCAGGGCAAGCGUGCGCCGCUAGAGUACUUCACGGCUGAAGCCAUCUGGCUGUGGUCGUCCGCCGCGGCCGACCUCCUCAUCUCGCUCGCGCUCGCCCACACGCUGCACCGGCGCAUCGCCGGCUUCAACGCCCGCACCGACGGCGUCCUGUGGCGACUCAUCAUCGUCGCGCUCCAGACGGCCGCCUACACGUCGGUCGUCAGCAUUGUUGGCGCGGCGGUCGCGACGGCGCUCGAGAAGAGCAGCAACAUUCUCACGUCGACGGCUGCUUUCGCCUUUUGGCUCCCUCUCCCUGCGCUGCACGCCAUCUCGCUCUACACGACCCUGUCGUCGCGGCGGCACGUCCAGACGCAGCUCAACGCCAGCUUCCUCACGACCGGCGGCGCCGCCAACGACGGCCUCACGCUCCCGUUCUCGGUCGUCUCGGGCGCAGCGGGUGCACCACCUCCUCGAUCAGGCGCUCGGAGCGCGGCGGGAGGAGGAGGACGGGCGCCCGUCCCGGUGCACCUCGCCGUCAAGGUUGAGCGCGAGGAGGAGGUCAGCUACGACGACGGGCUCGAGCUCGAGCUCGACAUGGAGCGGCGAGGGCGACGAGGGUCGAGGUUCGCCGCCCCGGGCGGCGAGGGCACGACGACCCAGUCGUCGCUCGAGAAGGUCUAG